UUGUUAAUCACGCGUUAGAGUUGUUGGUCAUCAGGAACUUUGGCGACAAAAUAUGGGAACAAAUCAAGAAAGAGGCUGAGGUAGAAAUGGAGGGCUCAUUCCUGGUUAGGCUUAUAUAUGACGAUGAGAUUACCUAUAAUUUGGUCGAAGCCGCUGAACGUGUCUUAAAAAUACCGGCCAAUGAGAUACUGGAGCUGUUUGGCGGUAUGUUCUUUGACUUUUGCCAGGAAUCGGGUUACGAGAGCAUACUCCAGGUGCUGGGCGCCACUCCGCGCGAUUUCCUUCAAAACUUGGACGCACUGCACGACCACUUGGCCACCAUUUAUCCGGGAAUGCGGGCGCCGUCUUUCCGAUGUACGGAAGAUCCGGCCACUGGUCAUCUUAUAUUACACUAUUACUCGGAACGGGAAGGACUCGAACCCAUUGUCAUCGGUAUAGUCAAGGCGGUGGCCAACAAACUACACGGAACCGAUGUGGACGUCACGGUAAUUAAGACCAAAGAUGACGGGUGCGACCAUGUUCAGUUUCAGAUUAUACAAAAAGCUAAAACUGGUCAAACAGCCGACAAGACACCCGUCAUCGAUGGCCAGAAAGCUGUCGACUCGUUGCUGUCGGCAGAGAACCGGAUCAGUCCGUUGACGUUCUGUAAGGCGUUUCCGUUUCAUUUGGUUUUUGACAAAAAUCUGGUCGUCAGACAGGCAGGUAUAUCAGUGGCCCGUGUAUUGCCGGCACUAACUCAGGCCAACUGUUUGGUCACCGAUGUCCUGGAAAUGAUUCGGCCGCACAUGGAGUUCACAUUCAAUAGCAUACUGUCCCAUAUAAACACUGUAUUCGUGUUGCGGACAAAAUCGGUAAACGCAUCGCUAGACAACAGUAACUACAAUGAACUGUCUAAAGAGCACACCAGGAUGAGACUGAAGGGUCAGAUGAUAUACGUGUCAGAGACGGAUGUCGUACUUUUCCUGUGCUCUCCCAGUGUUCUCAAUUUGGAUGACCUUAACCGUCGAGGACUAUACCUAUCGGACAUACCAUUGCACGACGCGACCCGCGAUCUGGUCCUACUGUCCGAACAGUUUGAGGCCGAAUACAAAUUGACCAAAAAUUUGGAAAUAUUGACCGAUAAAUUGCAACACACCUAUCGGGAACUGGAGGACGAAAAAAAGAAAACCGAUAGAUUAUUGUACUCAGUUUUGCCGCCAUCGGUGGCCAAUGAGCUCCGGCAUCAGCGCCCAGUGGCGGCCAAGAAGUGCGAGUGCGUUACACUACUGUUCAGCGGUAUUGUCGGCUUUGGACAGUAUUGUGCAAAAAACUCGGACUCCAAGGGAGCCAUGAAAAUAGUUAACUUAUUGAACAGUUUGUACACCACUUUUGAUGUGCUAACGGAUCCCAAGAAAAAUCCAAACGUCUAUAAAGUUGAAACAAUUGGCGAUAAAUAUAUGGCAGUGUCUGGCCUACCGGAGCCGUGUGAAUGUCACGCACGAUGUAUAGCCCGUCUGGCGUUAGAUAUAAUGGAUUUGUCAAAGAAAGUCAAGACUGAAGAUAUGAACGAAAUUGAAAUAACAAUUGGCAUUCACUCGGGCGAAGUGGUCACCGGUGUUAUCGGCAAACGUAUGCCCCGAUACUGUCUGUUUGGUAAUACAGUUAACGUAACCUCUCGUACGGAGACUACGGGCGAAAAGGGACGGAUCAACGUGUCGGAGGACGCCUACAGUUGUUUGAUGGAGAAGCAAAACUAUGACCCGGAGUUUCACUUUGAUUAUAGAGGACCGGUUCAGAUGAAGGGCAGACCCGAACCCAUGAAAGUAUUUUUUCUAUCAAGAGUUCCCAUCGAGAGUCGGGUUUAA